CUGCUAAUAAUUAUAGCCUCAGGAAUUUAAUUUAUGUGUGUGGGCGUUCUGCGGUCAAGCAUAGGUCAAGCAAUCAUUCGAGCAAUAAAAAGCGCGACAGCACAAAGUUUCUCUAUUCGAUAUUCUGAAAAGAACGAGUAUAAAGUUUUGCAGAGAAUUCAGAGAAAGAGAAUAAUUCACUAAUGUUGUGACACAGACUCCUACAAAGUGUUUAUAAUCAUAUAUGAUUGUUUGGCAUCAGAAUAAGCAGUUUUACUAAUCUCCAGUUCUCACUUCAAGUCGCACACCCACUACACGUGUACACCACCCAUAGUUCUACUACUUCUUGGCUUAAAUUAAGCUCACUGGUAUCUCCUAAACUUCGUCCUCGCUAUUUCGAAUCAAACAAAGAGAUGGCUGAUGACAGAAUCUACGAAAUGCUCAACCCUGCUGACCAAUGGAAUGGCAACCCUGUAAACGGGAGUAAGCUGGUGCGGGCACGCCCACCGGCGCCUCAGAGAAGUGUGUCUGUCGGAGACAGCUACUACUCAACACCUAGGAUGAUCAAUGCCACUCCUCCCCUCCCCCGUACUCAACCUCCGUCCGUGCCCCCUCGUAACAGGCACUGCUCUGAGGGAGAGGGCUUCAACUCGGGAUCAUUUGGUAGUUCCCCCAGUGAAAGAGGGCUAUUCUUCCCAGGGAGAAAGACUCCCACGACAGGUAUCACAAAAUCCCCCAGUGUGCAUAGUGUCAACUCCAUCCAUUCUUGUACGGCCGUCGAGGAGCUUCCUCUCUGUGACUUCAUGACCAGAUACUCCAAGAAUUUGCCGCUACGUGUGAAGGCGUGCAAAGGUUAUUAUGGAGAGUGUGACAGCACUGCAGUGACCACUGGGGAUAUGCUCAACCUACACUUUGUCAAAAACACCAAGGUAAUGCUUAUUGAAGUAUCCGACCCAGACCAGGGCAUUGUCAAGUUCAGUGUACCCCUAAACUCGUCCAUCAGGUUCUCUCCGCUCUACGAUCCUCGUCACAAGGUGGAUGAGGCCAAAAGGGGAUUCAAAUUUGAUACUGUGGGAGACAUAUUUUCAGCCAAGGUAAUGCCCAAGGUAGUACGAGCCACCAGGGCCUACACUGGGGGCAGCAGUGACAGCUCUGUGGCUGAGAAUGAGAUACUCAUCAUCAAAAACUCCAAAAGCAAACUAACUGGCAAGCAGCUUCGAGUGUUCAGUCUCUCCACUAAACGCAAAAAGACACUGAGUGAGAAUUGUGCCGGUCAUUUCACCACCAACCCUACCCAACUCCACCUGCCCCUCUGUGAACUCACUACCAGCAUGGCAGACUGUUUCCCCGUCAAGGCCCUGCUUAUGGUGGGACGUGAUGCUCUGGACACAAUCCUCACAGAUUUGCAAGGAGAGAUAGUCACCAUGACUAAAGUACACACUGAGCAAUCCGUCAUUGCCACAAACUAUUCUGAAGAUGGCGAUGAUUGUGGCGAGGAGACAGAGAUUGCGGAGAUACCCUUUGACUUGGACAUAGAGGUGGAGGCCCUCGCGCUGGAUGACCACGAGAUAGACCGACUGAGAGCGGAAACUGCGCAAAUGCAUGACAACUUUGACCCCUACUCGGUGUGUAUCUACCAAACCAUGCCCACCAGCCGACUCUACGAUAUCCAAUGUCAUCUUUAUAAAACGACUUCAGGAAUCAAUGAUUUCAGAGGUUUGGACAUUGUACGACCCAUAUCCAUCACCAAGAGAGCGUCGUCCACCAGCUCCGUUAGCUCAGCCCCAAACACUCCUGGGCAUUACCAACCGCUCAACGUUGUGGAGUUUAAUGAUAAAAAGUGUACAGAUUAUUACGUUGUGAUGGCUCCCAAGAGAAGCUCUUCUCAGCAUUCACAGGAGGAGAACGGGUCUGACAACUCCGAAGACUCUGGGAUUUCCCAGUGCUCACAGAUCUCAGUGCUUGAGCAACAACACCAAAACUUUGAGUCUAACAUGUCCAAAAUGAUGGAGGAAAUCACUCGUCUCAAGUCAAAGACAGAACAUCUGACAAGACGCUGUGACUCUCUUCAAACUCAGCUCAGGAUGGUCAACUCUGCAGGGAGGAACCGUGAUAUCAGUGAGUGCAGUAAUCUUUCUGAGAGCCCUCCCUUCUUGGACAACAGACCACCAGCACCACUACCACACAAUGUUCGUGUCCGCUCUCCGACACCAGUAGAAGACCCCGCUGGCCCAUACCAUCUGAUCGCAGACCACGAGAGAAGAUCCUCUAGUCCUGCUAUUGCAAAAAUACAGCUCUCAAAUGAAGAAUUCCUCACAUCCAUAAAUCAUCAACAGGUUCUUAACCUGCUGGAUGUGAUGGGCAUGAAACAGUACCAGGACAAGUUCAAACAAGAACAAGUCGAUGGUGAGAUACUGGCAGAGUGUGAUGAGACUGUACUCACCAACGAUCUCGGAGUGACAUCAAGACUGCAUCGAAUGAGGCUACUCAAGAUUAUAUCAGGUCGCCACUCAGCCAAAUGCAUAUUAGCUGGAGAGGACCCCUACCCUAAGAAGGCUGCCACUCCAAUACUAACAGAGAGUGGCUCAGAAUGAGAAAACAUUGUUCAUGAUGUUAUUUAUUGUCUGUCUGUUUCCGUAUGUGAAGCUGUACGUUUUAACAUUGCACACUGAUCAACUAAGAUCUUUUAUUUAUUAUUUCCAUUUCCGCUCCGUUUUUCUAGUCUUCUUUCGUUUAAACUCCGGUCACCUGACCAUGAGUUCUUUUGCAUCUGCUGGAUUAUUCCUGCUCAAUCAUUUUUUGUUGAAUUUUUGGCGACCGCUUUUAUUGUCCGUAAUAUAUAAUUAUAAUAAAUUAUUAUUCAAUUUCAAA